CUGUAUCCACCUUAUAUGAAUUAGCCUUGCUGCGAACCAAACGUAAAUAGUUAAAAGUGAAAAAAUAUUAAUACACAUUUGGAAGCUUAUUUAAUUUAGGAACAUCUUAAUGGCCGACGAUUUACAGAACUAUAAAUUACAACUCCAGCAGGUGGAGGCUGCAUUAUUGACUGAUCCGGAAAAUGAUGAAUUACUUAAACUUAAAAAGGACUUGGAAGAAGUUAUUGAAUUGACUCGUGAUCUCAUAAAAACACAAUUGGAGGAACAAAAAAAAUCUGCCUAUAUUGAACCAUCAACAUCAAAGGCAUCAGCUUCCUAUGAUGAGAUUGAGGCAGCAUUAUUGGAAGCAGAAAAGCUUAUUGCUCCUGGCAAAAUAUGGAAAAUUGGAGAUAAAUGUCAGGCGAAAUGGACCGAAGAUGGUCAAUACUACGAUGCCACAAUAGAAGGAAUAACUGAUGAUGGCGAAGUGAGUGUAAUUUUUGAUGCCUACCAGAAUCGUUCAACUACACUGCUGAAAGAGCUGCGUGAACGUUCAGCACGCAACGAAGUAUUUCCAUCAAAUAAACGUCACCGACCUAAUCAAAAGGAAUACCUAAAAAAACGUAAACAAAAGAAACUACAGCGAUUCAAAGAAUUAGAAGAAGAGCGGGAACACGAUAAAAACAAGUGGCUUAAUUUUACAUCAAAAAAUACUAAGAAACAUGGAGUGGUAUCGAAGAGCAUAUUUGCAUCUCCAGAAAAUGUCGAAGGUAGAGUUGGAAUUGGUACCUGUGGUGUUUCUGGCAAAGGAAUGACUGAUUUCACAGUGGGAGAAAAAUAUCGCAAGGGUCUUUAAUCUCACCGCUUUUACACUGCCAACACUUCAUUAUCAAUACCUUUCUAUCGUAAGAUUUUUUUACAGAUACAAUAGUUAUACUUACAUUUAGAUAUAAACGUUAAAUCAUUAAUAAGUGUUUAAGGAAUAUCACAGAAUAAAAAUGUACAAUAAAUAUAUCGCAUACUUA